GAAAAUAAAAACGUGCACAAAACAAGAUGGACUAUCUCACCUUUUCUUUUUUGUUUUCUUUCUUAUUAACAUUAGGCUAUGCUAUCACCAUCUCCGGCCGCCGCAGCUCACGGGUUCCGCCAGGACCUUUCCCUUUUCCAAUCAUCGGAAACCUUUUACACCUCAGUGACAAACCCCACCAAUCUCUGGCCACACUCUCCAAGCGUUAUGGUCCUUUAAUGUCGCUUAAGUUUGGAGCUAAAACCGCCAUAGUCGUUUCAUCACCAGAUCUCGCCAAAGAAUUCCUUCAAACACAUGACCAUUCGUUCUCUAGCCGAUCAGUACCAGACGUCGUUGGUAGAGUGGCUGAUCACGCAAAGUACUCCAUAGUGUGGCUUCCGGUCGGAGAAAAAUGGCGAAGACUACGAAGAAUAAGCAAAGAGUAUGUGUUCUCCGUGCAACGUCUAGAUGCUAGCGAACUCCUACGCCAGACCAAGGUAAAAGAACUUGUCGAUCACGUUGACCGUUGUUGUAUAAGUGAAAAGGUCAUAAACAUAGGUGCAAUUGCAUUUACAACAUCACUUAAUGUUCUCUCAAACUUAAUAUUUUCUAUGGAUUUGGCUCAAUAUGAUUCUUCGUAUUCACAAGAAUUCAAGGAUGAUGUAUGGGCUUUACUGGAAAUUGGGGGGAAGCCAAAUAUAUCCGAUUUUUUUCCGAUAUUUAAAUUCUUUGAUCUCCAAGGAUUAGGGCGACGUGUAAAUGUGCAUGGUAACAGGAUAUUGACCAUCUUUGAUAAUAUAAUCGAUCAACGUUUACAAACAAGAUCAUCUUUAUUGACAGACAGUGAUGUGUUGGACUCGCUGCUCAACCUCAACCAAAUGGAUGAAUCCACAUUUAGUCGCAAUGACAUGAGACAUUUGUUUCUCGCUUUAUUUAUUGCUGGAACCGACACGGCAUCAACCACGUUGGAAUGGGCCAUGGCUGAGCUUAUUCGCAACCCAGAUAAAUUGGCAACGACUCGGUCAGAGAUUAUCAAACUUAUGGAAAACAAGGAGAAAAUAAUACAAGAAUCAGAUAUCUCUCAACUCCCUUACCUACAAGCUGUAAUAAAAGAAACUCUUCGGUUACAUCCUCCAGUCCCUUUUCUAAUUCCUCACCAAGCCAUACACGACAUAGAAAUCCAAGGCUUCAUGGUGCCAAAAAAUGCACAAAUCCUUUGUAAUUUGUGGGCGAUGGGGCGAGACCCAAAAGUUUGGUCACAUCCAGAUACAUUCAUGCCAGAGAGGUUUUUGGAAGUGAAUGUUGACUAUAGAGGCCAAGAUUUUGAGCUCAUUCCUUUUGGUGCUGGGAGAAGGAUGUGUCCGGGAUUGAAUACGGCACAUAGAAUGUUACAUAUAAUGUUAGGUUCUUUGAUUCAGAAGUUUGAUUGGAAACUUGAAGGAAACAAGAGAGCACAAGAUAUGGAUAUGGGGGAGAAGUUUGGGAUCACGUUGCAAAGGAGUGCACCACUCAAAGCUAUUCCACUUAAACCAGGAGAGUCUCUGGCCACAUGUCUCACAAACAUGGAUAAUUAUCUCGCCUUCACUCUCCUAUUUCCUUUCCUUUUGGCAACAGCCUAUGCUAUCACCAUCUCCGGCCGCCGUAACUCUCGCCUUCCGCCCGGACCUUUCCCUUUUCCGAUCAUUGGAAACCUUUUACACCUCGGCGACAAACCCCACCAAUCCCUCGCCACACUAUCUAAGCGUUAUGGUCCUUUAAUGUCACUUAAGCUCGGAACUAGAACAACCAUAGUCGUUUCGUCACCAGAUAUGGCCAAAGAAUUCUUUCAAAAACAUGACCAUUCAUUCUCUAGCCGGUCAAUACCCGACAUGAGCAGACUGCUGGACCACGAUAAGUACUCCAUGGUGUGGCUACCAGCCGGGGAUCAAUGGCGAAGACUACGGAGAAUAAGCAAAGAGUAUAUGUUCUCCGUGCAACGUCUAGAUGCUAGUGAACCCCUACGCCAGAAGAAGGUAAAAGAACUUCUUGAUCAUGUUAAUUGUUGUUGUACAAGUGAAAAGGCCGUGAACAUAGGUGGAAUGGCAUUUACAACAUUAGUUAAUGUACUCUCAGAGUUUAUGUUUUCUGUGGAUUUCGACCAAUAUGAUUCUUUGUCAUCACAAGAGUUCAAGGAUAAUGUUUGGACUUUGAUGGAAAUUGCAGGGAAGCCAAAUAUAGUCGACUUUUUCCCAAUUCUUAAAAUGUUUGAUCCCCAAGGAUUACUGCGACGUGGAAAUCUGUGCGGUCGCAAGAUAAUGACUAUCUUUGAUAGGGUUAUCGAUCAGCGGUUGCAAACACUAUCAACUUCAUCAACAAACAAUGAUGUGUUGGACAUGUUACUCAACCUCAACCAGAAGGAUGAAUCCAUGUUUAAUCGAAAUGAUAUGAGACAUUUGUUUUUCGUUUUAUUUAUUGCGGGAACUGAUACAGUGUCUAGCACGUUAGAAUGGGCCAUGGCUGAGCUUAUUCACAACCCAAGUAAACUAGAAAAGGCUCGCUCUGAGAUCACCAAACUCAUGGAAAACAAGAAGAAUAUAAUACAAGAAUCAGAUAUCCCUCAACUCCCUUACUUGCAAGCAGUUAUAAAAGAAACUCUUCGUUUACAUCCCCCAGCCCCUUUUCUUGUCCCUCACCAAGCCAUACACGAUGUAGAAAUCCUAGGCUUCACAGUGCCUAAAAAAGCACAAAUCCUCUGUAAUGUGUGGGCAAUUGGUCGAGACCCAAAACUUUGGUCACAUCCAAAAAUGUUCAUGCCAGAGAGGUUUUUGGAACUCAAGGUUGACUAUGGAGGCCAAGACUUUGAGCUCAUUCCAUUUGGUGCUGGGCGGAGGAUAUGUCCGGGAUUAAAUAUGGCGCAUAGAAUGUUGCAUAUAAUGUUAUGUUCUUUGAUUCAAAACUUUGAUUGGAAGCUUGAGGGAAACAUGAGAGCCCAAGAUAUGGAUAUGGGUGAGAAGUUUGGGCUCACGUUGCAAAGGAAUGUACCCCUCAAGACUAUUCCACUCAGACUUUAAUGGAUCUUAAAUAGGUGUAUUUGUAAUAACUAAUGUAAUUGUUUUAUGGGUUCCAGUAUACGCUGUAAUGGCCUUUCUAUGUGUU